UGUAUAUAUUAGUGCUACUGUACGUGUGCUGUAUAUACUAUGUGUGUGCUGCAUACUACUGCUGUCAAAAGCAGACGCGUCUCCUCCUCCUCAUAUCCCAGAAUCCCUUGCGCGGCGGAGAGGAAGGACCUUUUGCCAGAGAGGACACAACUAGAAACGACCCAAGUAUCCUUCAGGCGUCUGACUGAAGCUUAGCAAACAUGUCUGAGACUGUUCAGGAGAAGAUCAAAAACUACAGGACGGCUCCCUUUGACGCCCGCUUCCCCAACACCAACCAGACCCGUAACUGCUACCAGAACUACCUGGACUUUCACAGGUGCAACAAGGCCCUGUCCGCUAAAGACCAGGAUGUGACCCCCUGUGAAUGGUACCAGAGGGUUUACAAGAGCCUCUGCCCCGUGAGCUGGGUUUCUAAAUGGGAUGAGCAGAUGGAGAAUGGAAACUUCCCAGGGAAGAUCUGAAGUCACCAACCUCUGCAGUCUGGACAGUUAACUACAGGAUAUUGCGUUACUUGCAUCUUUUACCUCUUUUCUUUGACUAAUGUCAUGUUGGCAAACAAUUCCUACAUCAUCAUUAUCACUGAUGUCAGUGUUAAUAUCUUAAACUAUAAACACGCACAACUUUUACCAUGUUAUGGUCUGAAGUUUGUCUCGGUGUGAACUUACCAACUUCUGUUGUAAACUACACUUCAGCAUUGUUGAAAAAAUAAAACACAGUGCAAGUUAAAUUAAAAA